UACUCCAACAAGCCAUUCUCUGCAAUACUUUGGCGAAGCCCAGAGACGACUGAGACAUAUAUAUAAUAAUAAAAACUAACCAGUUCUCUCUCUCUCUCUCUCGAUCUCGAGAUGGCGAAGAGAAUAAGCCUUCUUCAUCUACUCUCACUCUGCGCCAUGCUCUUCAGUACUCCUUCACUCUCGUCCACAGACUCCUUCGUCUAUGGCGGCUGCUCUCAGAUCAAGUACUCCCCCAACUCCCCCUACGACUCCAACCUCAACUCGCUCCUCACGUCGCUGGUCAACUCAGCCACCUACUCCGCAUACAACAAGUUCUCCGUCAUGGGCUCCAGCCCCCACGACGUCGUCUACGGCCUCUACCAGUGCCGCGGCGACCUCGCCAUGCCCGACUGCGCCUCCUGCGUAGCCGCCGCAGUCAGCCACCUCGGCCGGGUCUGCUCGCAGGCCUGCGGCGGGGCCGUUCAGUUACAGGGCUGCUUCGUCAAGUACGAUAACACCACCUUCCUAGGCGUGGAGGACAAGACCCCGGUGCUAAGGAAAUGCGGGCCGUCGAUCGGCGAUGAAGCCGUCGAGAUUGGCGGCCGUGACGCGGUGUUGGAGAGCAUUGCCGGAGCCAGUGGACCCUACCGGGUUGGCGGGGCCGGGGAUUUGCAGGGUGUGGCGCAGUGUGUAGAGGAUCUCAGUGUGAGCGAGUGCGGUGAUUGCUUAUCGGAGGCGAUCCGACGGCUGGAAAGCGACUGUGGGUCCGCCGUUUACGGGGACAUGUUCUUGGCCAAAUGCUACGCGAGGUACUCCACCAGCAAACCACACGAUUACCCCAAAUCCAACGAUUCUUCUCUUAACGAGGGCCAGAAGAGGUUUGCAAUUAUCCUGGGACUACUAGCAGGGGUAGCUUUGCUCAUCAUCUUCCUCACUUUCAUGCGAAGGGCCUUUGGACAAAAUGGUAAAUAGAAAGAUACCGGCGGUGCAGGAUGGGCUGCUUUUGUGAUUCAUUUGCUGUUCUGAAUUUGCUUUCUACAACUUGCCUUUUUCCUUUAUUAGACUUUCUUUUCUUCUCAAAUGAAAGAUAGAUCAAAAGGGAAGAAAGAAAAGAAUAAAGGUCUAGAUUCCUUCCAUCUCCCCUCUACUUGACAAAGUUGUUCGUCUAAUGUGAAAAAAUGGCUUUUUUUUUUUGUUCGAGUCGUAACGGUUGGUUGAAGA